AUGGCUACUACCAACUCUGAAGGCGUCAAGAUGAUCAACAUCACCACCUCCGAUGGCAUCCAAAUGGACGUCGAGCGCCCGGUCGCCGAGCGCUCCAUCCUGAUCAAGAACUUGCUCGAGGAUCUCGGUGGUGAAUCCUCAGAGUCCAUCCCCAUUCCCAACGUCAACGAGGCCGUCAUGAAGAAGGUCAUCGAGUGGUGCGGCCACCACAAGAACGACCCGCCCGCCACCCAGGACGACGACUCCGACUCGCGCAAGAAGUCCACCGACAUCGACGAGUGGGACCAAAAGUUCAUGCAGGUCGACCAGGAGAUGCUGUUCGAGAUCAUCCUCGCCGCCAACUACCUCGACAUCAAGGCUCUUCUCGACGUCGGCUGCAAGACCGUCGCGAACAUGAUCAAGGGCAAGUCCCCCGACGAGAUCCGCAAGACGUUCAACAUCCAGAACGACUUUACCCCCGAGGAGGAGGAGCAGAUCCGCCGCGAGAACGAGUGGGCCGAGGACCGCUAA